AACAUCGUCACCUAGAGUCCUUUCGGCGCCGUUCUCAGAGACAGCCUCUGGUGAGUUUAUUUUUGGUGAGAUUUCUUACGGUGACAGCCGCCGCCGCCACCAGUGGCUCUCACCAUAUUUUUCCAUGAACGUUGCUGCGCCUCACCGAUAACCCGGAAAGGCAAUAACUGACCAUCAAGAUUACCAUCAAAAUGCCUGAGCUCACAGAGAUUGAGAAGACUUCUCCACCAGCAGCGGAAGCUGUAGAGGAGCCAGAGGCUGGCUCAGGUUCGGACUCUGAUGCAUCAGAGGUCUACAGUUGCAAAUGGAUGAGUGUCCAGGAAUCCUUGCCAGAACUAGAACAGGGUGGUUCUGCAUCUGCACCAACAGUUACAGAAUCUUCUAAGGCAGCUAAGCAAAGUCGAUCGGAGAAGAAAGCCCGCAAGCUUAUGUCAAAGUUGGGAUUGAAGCAAGUUCCAGGUAUUAACCGUGUCACUAUUCGUAAAAGCAAGAACAUUCUCUUUGUCAUCAAUAAGCCUGAUGUCUUUAAGAAUCCUGCCUCUGACACUUACAUUGUGUUUGGUGAAGCUAAGAUUGAAGAUAUGAGUCAGCAAGCCCAGAUGGCUGCUGCUGAGAAAUUUAAAGAGCCAUCUGUGAACCCAGCAGCUGAUACUGCUUCACACACCACGGUUCCUGCUGCUAUACAGGAGGAUGAAGAAGAGGAUGAUGAGGAAGUUGAUGAGGUUGGACUGGAAGAGAAAGAUAUUGAACUUGUUGUUUCUCAAGCCAAUGUUUCUCGAGCUAAGGCUGUUAGAGCCCUUAAGAAGAAUAGUAAUGAUAUAGUCAAUGCCAUCAUGGACCUAACCAUGUGAUAAAAUCUAAGGAGACAGUUUUGAUGCAUUUUUCCCAAGAAAAUUCUGACAGUGUUGAAAUCAGUGUGAUUUAUGUUAAAGAAAUAAGUGGCAUAUUUUGUGUUUUCAGUUUAUGCUGUAGGCAACUGCAUCCAUCCAUCUCUCUUGAAAAAGAAAAUAUCUUAAGCUUUGCAGCACUAUUUGAUAGACUAUUUACAUUAAUAAAUUCUGUUGAUUCCGAGAA